ACAAAUAUGGAGGCUCUUCAUGCUGUGGAAUAGGGAUCAAUACGUUGAGUGAAAACAAAAAACAGAGUCAUAUAUGUUGUUUUUGAACGAUGACAAUUGAAUUAACAUGCUUGCAAAUGUUAGGACUUUGUUUUUCCUUACCCUUUUUUGUGUUGGGGCUGGUGGAAAUGUCAGUCAGCCCAACCCACUGACUGUACAAGAUUCCAUCAUCUUUGUGUCUACACUGAGUGGAACCUUCUAUGCUGUUAGUAAGAAUACUGGGAACACGCUGUGGUCACUGCAAGAAGAUCCAGUGAUAAAAGUUCCUUUUGAUUUUGCGUCUGGGCCAAGCUUCCUGCCAGACCCUAAAGAUGGGAGUCUGUACGCCAUCAGCUCUGGUAGAGAGGGCAUCAAGAAACUGCCAUUUACCAUUCCCGAGCUCGUCACAGCAUCUCCUUGCAAAAGUACAGAAGGCAUUCUCUAUACAGGCAACAAGAAGGAUGUGUGGAUUGCAGUGGACCCUCUCACUGGGGUUAAGAUGCAGACACUGUCCACUGAUGGCACACAGAAAACAUGUCCAUCAUCAACCGACGAUCUUUUGUACAUCGGACGCACAGAAUAUACAAUUUUGAUGUUUGACAGCAAGACCAGGCUUAAGAGAUGGAAUGCAACCUUUAUGGACUAUUCAUCCCAUGUGGCACCAGACCCAAAGGAUUAUGAUAUGCAGCACCUCACCGCAAGUUCCAAUGGCCUCUCAGUGACUCUCGAUAGCAGAUCAGGCGAUAUUCUGUGGCAGCGCAAGUAUGACUCCCCGGUUGUGGCAAUGUACCGCCUCCACCAGGAGGGACUACAGAAAAUUCCCUUCACCAGCUUCGCCCCCGAGACACUCGACCACCUCACAGGCCAACUUGCAGAGUACGUCUGGCGGGACCGAUUCCUUGCUCACGGACAGAAGAAGUCCUUCUAUCCGACUCUGUAUGUGGGAGAGUAUGAACAUGGACCUUACGCUCUUGCCUCCCUCGUGGACGAAACUACUGUCACCAUCGCUCCGAAGAACAAGGGUCCACUUCUCCUGGAAGGUCCAAGACAGGAAGAGAAUCCAAAGGAGAACCCCCAGAAGGGGGAAAAGGCUUCUAACACUCAGAGCAUCCGCGCCACCACCGUCAGAAGAGGGGGCGGAGUCCUCAUGCUGGGGUACCAUGAAGUGCCUGACCGGACCAACGCCCGCAUCUCGCCUGCUUUCCAGAUCACAGACCACAGCAGCAACAGUGACAAGAUUAUCUCACUUGAGCCCCUACCCCCAUCACCUGACAAGACGACCAACACCACAUCUGGGGGAGACACGGGGCUGGCUGCCUACGUCGACCUCAAGUUCCUCACCACCAUCGUGUUGUCUCUCGGCACCAUCAUCGCCGUUGUUGUCUACUUCCCUCGGAAAGCCGAGCACUCCAUCAAGAUGAUGCUGCAGAAGCAGUUGGAGGAACAGCGGCAGUUGCAGAUGCAGCAGCGGUCUGCACAGACUUCACUGACGCCAACCCCAAGCACCAGCUCACUUGAUGAGGAGAACAAUCCACCGCAGGGACACUACAAGGUGGGGAAGAUUAUUUUCAACCCAAAGAAUGUCCUGGGUCACGGUUGUGAAGGAACAUUUGUCUACAGGGGACGAUUUGAUGGCCGUGAUGUCGCAGUGAAGAGGCUACUCCCAGAAUGCUUCAGUUUUGCUGAUCGUGAAGUAGAGUUACUACGUGAAUCAGACCAGCAUCCGAAUGUUAUCCGGUAUUUCUGCAUGGAGGCAGAUAGUCAGUUUCGCUACAUCGCCCUGGAGUUGUGCGCCGCCACGGUGCAGGAGUAUGUGGAAGGGAAACACAUUUGUGACCUUGACCCCAAGACAGUUCUUCAGCAGGCGAUGGCAGGCAUCUCCCAUCUUCACUCUCUCGAUAUAGUCCACCGCGAUAUUAAGCCCCACAACGUCCUCAUCUCACUGCCCAACUCCAAGAGGGAGGUGCGCGCCAUGAUCUCCGAUUUUGGCCUGUGUAAGAAGCUGGCUGUGGGCAGACUGUCCUUCUCCCGCCGAUCCGGAGCUGCGGGCACGGAGGGAUGGAUUGCCCCCGAGAUGCUGGAUGAACUUCAGAGGACGACCUGUGCGGUGGACAUCUUCUCUGCGGGAUGCGUGUUCUACUAUGUCUACACUCAUGGCAAACACCCGUUUGGCGAUUCCCUGAAACGACAGGCCAACAUCCUCAGUGGGGAGUUCUCACUUCAGCAUCUGGAUCCAGAAGACCACAUAUCUCUCAGCCUCAUUACCAAUAUGGUUGCCUACAACCCAGAUCAACGUCCGUCUGCUCAAGCUGUGCUAAAACAUCCAUUCUUCUGGAGCAAGGAGAAGCAGCUUCUGUUCUUUCAGGACGUGAGUGACCGGAUUGAGAAAGAGAAGGAGGACAGUGAGGUCGUGCGGAGGUUGGAGAAGGAGGCACACGCCAUCGUCAGGUGGGACUGGCGGCGCAACAUCACACAGGAACUUCAGAACGAUUUGAGAAAGUUCCGAUCAUAUAAAGGUCAUUCUGUGAGAGAUUUGCUUCGAGCCAUGAGAAACAAGAAACACCAUUACCGAGAGCUGCCGGAGGAUGUGAAGGCGUCGCUGGGCAGUGUGCCGGACCAGUUUGUGUACUACUUCACAUCCCGCUUCCCCAAGCUCCUGCUCCAUGCCUACAGUGCUGUAGAGUGCUGCUGCGAUGAACGCAUCUUCCACCAGUACUACGACACUGCUACAUCAUUUUAUCUGUCAGAUUCCUGCCAUCCUGCAGACAUACAGACAGACAGACCCACAGACGCACUGACAGACAGACCCGCAGACACACGGACAGACAGACCCGCAGACACACGGACAGACAGACCCGCAGACACACGGACAGACAGCCCUGCAGACACACAGACUUCAGUAGCUUCCUUUCGGACAUAGUUGAUCAUACCACACCGUUUACCACACAUACCAAAGUGCAAUUAUGUGAGAGUAUUUUUAUAUCAUCCAAUCUUGUAUAUAUGUCAUUACAAUCAUGUGAGAAGGCUUAGUUUUCAGCCAGAGCAGUUCUUCUGCUGCCUUGUAUCAGUCAGUCUACAAGUUUUGAUAGGAAACAUCCAUCGCAUCUAUCUUGAAUCAUAUAAUUCUGUUUACACUGUGAGCUGACUUUUUGUGUGUUGAUGUCUGAGGGAUUACAAGUGUCUUGGUUUUAAGAAGGUACGAUGCAUGUGUAUCUGAAGUAUCAGUUCUGUUCGAAAUGACUCAAUAGAGCACCUUCUCAAAGUCAUUGUGUUUUUGGUUCACCACUAUUACUCAUGUUCUACUCCUGCAAGUAGAAUGAGGUUCCAAAUAUUCAUUAUUAGGGCUGGGACAGGUAACUGGGGUACUCGGGUUGAGUGGGUCCUGAGUAGGAUCCUGGUACCCACAGUACUACCCAGACUCGUGGUUAGUUACAGGAUAUAUUGUUUAAUGACAAAAACUCACUGUAGCUCAGUGGCUACACUACAAGUCGCUAAUGUUCUCAUGUCUUCAAAUAGACAGGAAUUACAGAGUGUUUUGUAAGACAUUGAGUAUGUGGAGCAAUCGGAGUGCUUAGGUUUUAACGAAUCUGUGAUUUUACUGUAAAACUGAAAAUACUUGAAUUUCUUGUAUUAUGAACUAAAUUGAAUGUGAUACACAUGUUGGAUUCAAUCUUCAGGUUUUCAAGUGUUUUAUUAUGCUUGAUAAUCAGUUGAUGUAGACAGUGUUCUCAUAUCCAUAAUAUACAUUCAGGAAAUGUGGUGACAAUAUAUACUGUAAAUCUUGAAAUUAACGUGAGUGUGAAUUAAAUGCGAAAAAUGCGAGUGGUCUUUGCUCGCAUUUUUAAACAUCGCAUUUAUAUCAACAAUAAGACAUUUUGGAUAGCAAAUA